AGACCUGGGCUCCCUGCUACCAUGGAACUAUCAGCGCCUCUCACAUCCAUACAUAACACCUCUAAGCGCUAGUCACGGACACGAAUGAGCUCGCAAUCCAUCUAAUGGUCCAUCUUCGCCUCUGCUGCUUAGGAAAGGUCUUCUUUUUUUGGAAAGAGAAAGCUGGCCAACUGUCUGAGGAUGCAUGAAGUCAUCCGAGGGAAUGUCACCUCGGUGUCCCUUUCUCUUUCCCUAGUGACACAGUGACUGCUGCCUGGGUGCCUUCCUCCUCCACCUCCUUCCCCUCUUCCUCUUCCUCCUCUCACUCCUCCUGUCACCCAGCCAUAUCUGCCUCUUGCCCCCAUAUCAUUUACCGCGGCUGAAUCGAGCGGACUGAACAGCGUCAGCAGCACUGAGACCUGUGGAGGAUUACUUUGAAAAAAGAGAGGAGGAGAAAGCUUCUUAUUUUUCCUCCCGUUUGGCUUGCAGUGCCGCUUGCCGUGUGGCUACCAACCAGAGGCUGUUUUGGAUGAACUGGUCAUCGUUCAGGGAGGAAGGUCUGUUUGUGUCACUGGACGGAGAAGGAGGGGAUCUGGUGACAUAUUCCAGCCUUCCACAAUCAUGCGGGAUCUGGUUUGAGAAUGCCCCCCUGCGGAAAGCAAAAUUUGUGGAGAGCCCUCGCAUUCCACAAUCAGAGCUUGGCUCCCCUAUACACAACUCCUGCACUGCCAAGAACCACGGCCUGGAUACAUACUGUCCCGGGGAGUCAAGCGGGGAGCUGGGGCCCCCUCCGUCGGUGGAUGAGGCAGCCAACACAUUAAUGACGCGCCUGGGCUUCCUGUUGGGAGACGAAACUAGUGAGGGGCCAGACGGAGAACAUUACAGCAUGGACGAACCAGACGACAGACAGGACCUGGCUGGUAACCAGAGGAUCAGUCCGUGCUCCACCCUGACCAGCAGCACAGCAUCCCCCCCGGCUGGCUCCCCCUGCUCCACCCUGCCGCCCGGCACCGAUGGUGCCAUGCCCGGGGGUAACCAGGGCAACAAGGACCACGCCUACGGAUCUGUCACCAGCCCCACCUCCACCCUGGAGAGCCGGGACAGCGGCAUCAUCGCCACCCUGACCAGCUACUCGGAGAACGCUGAGCGGGGGGGUAAAUACGGUGAGGGGGGUUUCUCGCGUGGCAGUAACCUGAAGCUGUGGCAGAGCCAGAAGUCUGGCACUGACUCAUUCCUGUACCGUGUGGAUGAGAACAUGGCUGCCUCAACCUACAGCCUCAACAAGAUCCCAGAGAGACACCUGGACAGCAUGUCCUCCCACUCCGCUCACUCCAUCCCUCUGUACCUCAUGCCUCGCCCUAACUCCGUCGCAGCCACCAGCUCGGCUCACCUGGAGGACCUGACCUACCUGGAUGAUCAGAGACACACUCCGCUGCGCACGUCGAUGCGUAUGAAUCGACAGAACACACACACCGGGCCAGGCCACGCCCAGACCGACCUCAGAGCUUCUGCUAACAACCAUGCCUGGCAAUCCCAAUCACUGCGGUUUGCCCCAUACCGGCCACCUGACAUCUCCCUGAAGCCCCUCCUCUUCGAGGUGCCCAGCAUUACCAUGGACUCCGUCUUCACCGGCCGUGAUUGGCUGUUCCAGGAGGUCGAUGCCCAUCUCAACAGAGGCAACAACAUCACCAACCUUGGCGUAGUUGUCGUGGGCAACAUUGGCUACGGCAAGACAGCCAUCAUCUCUCGUCUGGUGGCGCUGAGCUGCCACGGAACGCGCAUGAGACAGAUCGCCUCUGACUCUCCGCAGGCCUCUCCCAAACAUGGAGAGCUCCCCCUUACUCAGCCCCAGCCGGCCUAUAGCACGGGUACUCUGGGAGGGGGCAGCUGUCCCGGGACCCCUGAGAUGAGACGACGCCAGGAGGAGGCCAUGAGGAGACUGGCAUCUCAGGUGGUGGCGUACCACUACUGCCAGGCGGACAACGCCUACACGUGCCUGGUGCCAGAGUUUGUCCACAACGUGGCAGCGUUGCUGUGUCGCUCGCCACAGCUCAUCGCCUACAGAGAGCUGCUGCUCAGGGAGCCACAGCUACAGAGCAUGCUCAGUCUGCGCUCCUGCGUUCAGGAUCCCCUGGCCUCCUUCAGAAGAGGAGUUCUAGAACCCCUGGAUGCCCUCUACAAAGAGAGGAAGAUCGCCUCUGAAGAUGACCUGGUCAUCCUGAUAGAUGGGCUAAAUGAGGCAGAGUUCCACAAGCCUGACUACGGAGACACCAUCGUCUCAUUCCUCAGCAAAACCAUCAGCAAGUUUCCCCCCUGGCUCAAACUGGUGGUCACUGUUAGGACCACAUUACAGGAGAUCACCAAGCUGCUCCCAUUCCACCAUAUCUCUCUGGAUGGUCUGGAGGAAAAUGAUGCUAUAGACCAGGAUUUACAGGGUUAUAUCCUGCACCGCAUCCACAGCAGUCCUGAGAUACAGAGCAACAUCUCUCUAAACGGCAAGAUGGACAACACCACCUUCGGAAAGCUCUCCGCCCACCUCAAGGCCCUCAGCCAGGGAUCCUACCUGUACCUAAAACUCACCUUUGACCUUAUAGAGAAGGGGUACCUGGUCCUCAAGAGCUCCAGCUACAAGGUGGUGCCCGUCAACCUGGCCGAGGUGUACCUGCUGCAGUGCAACAUGCGUUUCCCUACCCAGUCGUCCUUCGAACGGGCCCUCCCCCUACUCAACGUGGCCGUGGCAUCCCUCCACCCCCUCACUGACGAACAGAUCUACCAGGCUAUCAAUGCCGGCUCCCUGCAGGGUACGCUGGACUGGGAGGACUUCACACAGCGCGUAGACAACCUAGCCAUGUUCCUGGUCAAGAGGAGGGARGGGACCAGGAUGUUUGUUCACCCGUCCUUCAGGGAGUGGCUGAUCUGGAGGGAGGAGGGGGAGAAAACCAAGUUCCUGUGUGACCCCAGGAGUGGCCACACCCUGCUAGCCUUCUGGUUCUCUCGCCAGGAGACCAAGCUGAACCGACAGCAGACCAUUGAACUGGGACACCACAUCCUCAAAGCACACAUCUUCAAGGGCCUAAGCAAGAAGGUUGGGGUUUCCUCGUCCAUCCUCCAGGGGCUGUGGGUUUCCUACAGCACAGAGGGCCUGUCCACUGCUCUGUCCUCACUCAGAAACUUGUACACUCCUAACAUCAAGGUGAGCCGGUUGCUGAUGCUCGGUGGUGCCAACGUGAACUACCGUACAGAGGUUUUGAACAACGCCCCGGUGCUGUGUGUGCAUGCCCACCUGGGUUACAUUGACAUGGUGGGGCUGCUGUUGGAAUACGGAGCCUCUGUAGACCAGCCUUCAGAGAGCGGUCUCACCCCACUGGGCUACGCUGCCUCUGGGGGACACAUGGCUAUAGUCAACACACUGUGUCGCAGGAGAGCCAAGGCCUCCCGCAUGGGAUACACAGAGAUUGUGUCCUACCUGCUGGACCUGCCAGAGAAGGAUGAGGAGGAGGUGGAACGUGCUCAGAUUAACAACUUCGACACCCUGUGGGGAGAGACAGCUCUGACGGCAGCGGCUGGCCGUGGGAAGCUAGACGUCUGCAGACUACUGCUGGAGCAGGGAGCAGCGGUGGCUCAGCCCAACAGACGAGGCAUCGUGCCCCUGUUCAGUGCUGUCCGACAGGGAAACUGGCAGAUCGUGGACCUGCUCCUUACUCACGGAGCAGACGUGAACCUGGCUGACAAGCAAAGCCGAACCCCUCUGAUGAUGGCUGCCUCAGAGGGUCACCUGGGCACUGUGGAGUUCCUACUGGCACAGGGUGCAUCCCUACCUCUAAUGGACAAGGAAGGGUUAACGGCUCUGAGCUGGGCAUGUCUGAAGGGACACCUGCCAGUGGUGCGCUGUCUGGUGGAGAGGGGGGCUGCUACGGACCACGCUGAUAAGAACGGACGCACGCCCCUCGACCUGGCUGCCUUCUACGGGGACUCAGAGGUGGUCCAGUUUCUAGUGGACCAGGGGGCGAUGAUAGAGCAUGUGGACUACAGUGGGAUGCGUCCUCUGGACCGGGCCGUGGGCUGCAGGAACACCUCCGUGGUGGUUGCCCUGCUCAAGAAGGGAGCCAAGAUAGGUCCAGCCACGUGGGCCAUGGCUACCUCCAAACCCGACAUCAUGAUCAUCCUACUGAGCAAGCUGAUUGAGGAGGGAGACAGCUUCUAUAAAAAAGGGAAAGUGAAGGAGGCAGCACAGCGGUAUCAGUACGCCCUCAAAAAGUUCCCCCGUGAAGGCUUCAGUGAGGACCUCAAGACUUUCAGGGAGCUCAAAGUGUCCAUCUUCCUCAAUCUGUCCCGAUGUCGGAGAAAAAUGAACGACUUUGGAAUGGCUGAGGAGUUUGCUACAAAGGCGCUUGAAUUGAAACCAAAAUCAUACGAAGCAUACUAUGCCAGAGCACGUGCCAAGCGUAGUAGCAGACAGUUCCCUGAGGCCUUGGAGGACCUGAAUGAAGCCAUGAAGCAGAGCCCCAACCACUGUGAGAUCCAGCGCCUCCUGCAGCGAGUAGAGGAGGAGUGUCGACAGCUCACCCAGGAGGAGGAGGAUGCACAGAAGCUGGAGCCUCCCCCAUCUCCUCCCCCAUCGCCUCCCCCAGAGGAGGGAGAGGAGGAGGAGAUGUCCCUGUCCUCCCUCCCCCUCCCCCUGGAGCUCCCCCCUCCCCCGGAGCCUCGGCUGGAGGACAUGGAGCCGGUCCAGGAUCUGUUUGAGGACGAGGACUAUCUGGAGCAGGAGCUGGAGGCCAUGUCUAUGGGGAGUAUGGGUUCUAUGGGUCUGGCCCUCGAGAGGGAGCCCCGCUCCAACCCCUCCAGUCUGCCUAUCAUCCAGAGCCCACCUCUCUCUCCGACGAACCACCAGCACCCCUACCAUCACCAGGACCAGACCUACCUGUCAGGGGGCUCCCCCAUGGGCCAGGCUUACGACUAUGGCCACCCCAGCCCCACCUCCAUGUCCUCCCCUGGCAGCCAGAACUACCAGCCACCGUCGCCCCCCUCCCUCUCCCCCACGCACCACAACUCCCACUACCGACACAGCCCUCCACAGACCUCCCCGGUGCACCAGACCACCUACCGCUUCAGCCCCCCGCCCAACGGAGGAGGGGGACAAGGGAUGGACCACGGAUACCAGAGCCCCCCGCUAUCCCCUCUGCGUCGGGGUGGGGUACAGAGCCAGUACAGAGCCAGUCCCCCGGUGGAGAGUGUGUGUCUGUACAGGUCCCAGUCAGGGUCUCCGGUGCGCUACCAGCAGGAGCAGCCUACCCUUUCAAAGAUGAGCAGCCAGAGGUCCUUCCAGCWGAGCUCACAGCCRUCCCUGCACCACCAGCACCACCAGGCCCAGGGCCUGCGCCUCCAGCCCUCCAUGGCCCAGAUUGUUCGCACCAACCAGCCCAGCAACGCAUACGGCCAGAUGGGCCACCCCAUGCGCUACCAGGGGGGCUCCAUGGACGUGCCGAUGGAGAGCCAGAGCCGGUUGAUGUACCAGCCCUCCCUGGAUGGUCGCUCCAUGCCCCAGUCCAGCCUCUCAGCUGGGGCCCUCUGUCAGCAUGGGGGCCGAGGAGGGGUCAUAGAGGGCCUGAUGAAGGACGAGCUAACCCAGCGCCCCUCCUCUGCCUACCGUGCCAGCAGUGGGGGGGGACAAGGGGGCCAGCUCCAGGGGGGUGUCCGCUAUAGCCAGACUCCCCAGAUUAUCCGCAGCCAGUCGGCCGCCUACUACCCUGUCGCCAAGCACGAGCUGGAGCGUCAGAACAGUGCCAUGCCUCAGUGCCAGCUGGGAUCGCCAGAGAUCGGCCACAUGGUGAGGCGGCCCAUCAGUGCCACUACCCCGGAGAUCAAACCGCACAUGUCCACUCCGCGGCCCCUCAUCCACUCCCAGAGCGUGGGCCUCCGCUUCUCCCCGUCCAGCAACAACAUCUCCACGGGGGGCUCCAGCUGUAAUCUAGCCCCAGGCUUCAGGCCUUCCUCUUCCAUCCAGGGGAUGGAGAUCCCGCUGCAGGUGGCCUACGAGGGCUACGAGGGGUACGAGCACUCCUGUAACGAUGACAUCUCCCCAAUCUCGCCGGCCCAGGGAGGUGGUGGGGGGCUGUACCAGGGCGAGGGCACCCGCUCACGGACCACGCCCUUCAUGGGUAUCAUAGACAAGACAGCGCGGACUCACCAGACUCAGUACCUGCAGCAGCCCUCGUCCCAGCGGCCCUGGGCCAUGACCUCCAUGGACUCUGGCAUCAGCCCCACGUCGCCUGGCCAGCUGAUCCAGCAGGGCUCGUCCUACAGCCCCCCGACCUCGCUGGGGAAUAUCGCCUACUACAACAAGACUAACAACGCCCAGAACGGACAACUCCUGGAGGAGGACUACUACCCCCAGCAGCAGCAGUCCUCCCUGGGCAAGCUGGCCAACGGUGGCUCCCGGGGCGGAGGAGGGGACAUCCUGGAGAGGGUGAGCCAGGUGCCCACCUAUCCAGACGUGAAAGUGGCCAGGACUCUGCCCGUAGCUCAGGCCUACCAGGACAACAUGUACCGACAGCUCUCCCGUGAUAUCUCCCGUGACUCUAGGCAGGGCCCCACUUCCCCCAUCAAACCAAAGAGACCUUUUGUGGAGUCGAAUGUGUGAAUGUCCAGUCCACGGCCGAACUGGGCGUGUGAGUGGGAGGGGAGGAAAGGGGGAGGGGGGAAGUUGAGUUGGGCUGGUCUGACAUUGAUGAGGAGCACAUAAUAAAAAGACAGAGUACAGCCCCACUCACACAGAAAGCAGUGUCUACAAUAGGCACACACUGGCGGUAGAGGUCUAGUCAUACAGUACAUAGAUACUAAAUACUAAUACGUGAGAGAUUGUACUAUUUUGUUGUUAAACUUCAACUCUGCACACAUCGAAAUAGAAAGAUAUGACAUUGAAAGGUGAUGACAGGGCCAGUGCUGAUCACACCCAGGGUCAGAGGUCCUGACACUUUUAUAGGGGUGGGGUGUGGCACAACUUCCUCCCCAAGACCUUUGGGGAGGUCUUGUGUGGGGUGGUGAGAGUGAAAUUGUGGGCCCUUACCUUACUGUACCUGUGGACUCUAACCAUCUACCAUCUUUUAUCCUUAAAAUACAAAGUGUGCUCUUAUUCAAGGUUGCUAGACUCCGUAAUACAAUACUAAUAUGUCCAAUACUGUAAAUGGAAAUUACAACUUGACAGUGCUUAGAGAAAAAAAGUAUAAUAUUUAUUAUUAAGCUAUAUAAUGUAUAUACGUAUAAAAACAUAACAUAGCUUGCAUUUGGAUUGUAUUAUUUCUGUUUUGCCCUGUUGUUAGCCUUUCGUCCUACUAGUCAUGCAACGACAGGUUUUGAAGAUUUAUGCUGCACUCAUGAGAAUGUCGGCCAGGGAAACUCUCAUAUUUCCGACUUGGAAACUCAUUGUAGAAAAAUGAUACGUUUCCAACUUGGAAAGUGUCAGAAUCAUCCGAGAUGAAGCUCUACACAUAUAACUUAUGAUAAUUUCAACUCUGAAAUAGGAAGUCCCGACAAGCACAUGAACACCCACAACUACGGCAGGGGAUGAGGGACAUUUACAAACUUUAAAUUACUCAAUGUCAAAUGUUAUUUUCGUAUUUUCGAAAUAUUGGGCUUGUUAUGUUAUAUUUGUGGUAUUUUCACUCAACCAUACCACAUAACGUUGCCUUUCAUUUGAAGUUCAAUUGUUACUGCCAUGGCCUUCUACAAACAUCCUCUAGAGAAUAGUUCAACCAAUAAAUUACUCCUAAUAAUUAC